ACACAGGAAGGUAUUUACAUUCUUCGGAAGCGAUGAACGGUUGCACUCUGUAUCCACCCAACAGCCAGCUCUUCACCGAUGACGUGAUUGGUAGUGUCGUACAGCGCGCUUGGAUGUCUAAUGAACGUAUUGAAGAUGAAGAAGGCGACAGUUUCGAGCGACGCGACGAUUCUCAACUCCCGUCAAAAUCGCAAUACUCACGGUUAAAACAACGUGUGGAAGAUACUACAUCCAUCCCAGUUAAACCAGCACCAUCGAUGGAGAACAAAAAGACACGAGGCCAAUUUGAAUCGUUCUCACUUGGAAAUACCGAGGACUCUGUCGUGAUCAAGCCGGCUGCGACCGGAGAAGAGCGCCAGCGUGAGCUGCGUCGAAUGCGACAGGUACGAUACAGGAAGAAGAAGUACGACUUGGCACGGCGACUUGAAGAGGGCACGAAUCAGCUGCGAGAGGAGGUGAACGAGCUCGAGUUGCGACGCCGCGCCAUUUCUGUUGCUGUUCCGACGGACAAAAGCGCUUGGGAUGUCGCGCUCAAGUAUUUUCAAGUCUUCCGAUUUGGUGUUCGACAGUCGGUGGCGGACUCUGUGGCACCGUCGGAUGCUCAGCUGAACUUCCUGCUGUCGAAUAUGAGUGAGGACGUGGUUUUCAAUUCUAGAUGCGGUGCAGAAGCAAUUAUGCAAGUGUGGAGAUGCCAAAGUCUCUGGCUCAAAGACUUCGAAUUGGAGUUGAGAGGUGUGAACAAACAUUCUGGUAACACUCUGAAAGCCACCAUGACAACAAGUUUUAUCGUCAGCAACCGAACCCUGGAGAAAGUUUUCCCGCACCUCAGCGACAAGAAUGGGAACCGAUCUGGGAUCUGGAAGUCACGCAUUGCAAACGCGCUCUUGGGACGAAGGAUUAUCGCACACGGAUCAACGUAUUUCAAGUGGGAUCCAGUCCUAGGACGAGUGUCGAGUAUGACUACUCAGGCAGACCUGUUGACACCGGUACUGCGUCUGCUUGGAUACGUAGAGGACGUCGCUGUCGUGUUUGAGAAGGCCAUAGUUUCGCCCGAUUUUCAUUGGAAACAAGUUAUGUAAUAAUGGACGCAUAAAUGAACAUACGUUUGUAAAUACAAUACAAUAAUUAUUUAUUCAGUA